AUGACCCCGGCGCCGCACCACGCCGAGUACUCCCACUUCGCGUCGGCGACGAGCAAACCCGAGGCGUACGCGCAGGUGGUGUCGGCGCUGACGGCGCUGGUCGAUGCCCAGCGCAACUGGGUGUGCAACCUGGCCAACGCGGCGUCGCUGCUGUGGCACAUGUACCACGAGGCGCUGGCGGUUCCGACGGGCGCCGCCGUCAACUGGGCCGGGUUCUACGUGCUCGACCCGAGCACCUCCACCGGCGGCGGCGGUGGCGGCGGGCUCAUCCUCGGCCCCUUCAUGGGCAAGGUCGCCUGCCAGACCAUCGCGCUGGGCAAGGGCGUGUGCGGCACCGCGGCGGCGGGGGGCGGGCAGAGUCUCGUCGUGCCCGACGUCGAGGCCUUUCCCGGCCACAUCGCCUGCGACGGCGAGACCAAGAGCGAGAUUGUCGUGCCGAUUCGGGCGGCGGAGGGGGGGAAGGUUGUCGGCGUCAUCGACAUCGACUGUAUGCAGCUCAACGGCUUCGAUGAUCAAGACCGAGAGGGCCUCGAGAAUGUCGCCGCCCUGUUGGGCUCAGCUUGCGACUGGUGA